AUGAAUUGCAGCAGGAAAACCUUGAUUUCAGACCGGCACAAAAACAGGGAGGCAGAACCAAAAGACUAUGAUAUCUCUGUAUGCCCUGAUGGACAAAGAAAAUUACUCAAGUCAACAUACAAAUAUUUUGGCACGCACUUGGAAACAGACUGGGGAACAACCACCCAACUGGCUCAUUCAAAGAGAGUGCAUGAGGUCAAAGACACUGCAAAAUCAAUGGUGCAGGCUGACUGUUUCCACUCUCUGGUGUUUGACAGAAAAACAGGAAUAUCUGGCACAUUUGUCCUAUCCUGCUAUCAACCAAACUGUAAUGCAAAUGAGUUAAUUACUACAUACUAUGCAUUGGAUUACGUUCCCCCUCAUUUUCCCACCAAGCAGGCAAUGCAAGCCAAGGAACUGACGAACAGGAAGCUGGAUUUCAGAAGACGCCAGUCUCAGUUCACUGAUGUAGCAGAUCAUCGGCGGUGGGGCUGGAAUACAUGGCAGGACUUUAAUGACGUGCAGGCUGUAGUCCAGGGAGUGGCAAACUCCCUGCAUAGACAAAUAAAUCUUUCAUGUCCAUAA